AUGGCGGCGCGCGCGCAGCGGCGCGGCCCGGCGGCGGCGGCCCUGCUCGUGGGCGCGCUGCUGGCGCUCGGCCGCCCGCCCCCCGCCCGCGGCCAGGCGGCGGCGGCGGCGGAGGGCGGCUCGGCGGCGGCGGCCUCGCCGCACCGGCGCUUUGAGUAUAAGUACAGCUUCAAGGGGCCGCACCUGGUGCAGGCGGACGGGACGGUGCCGUUCUGGGCGCACACUGGCAAUGCCAUACCAAGUGCAGAUCAGAUUCGUAUAACAACAUCGUUGAAAAGCCAAAGAGGAUCAGUAUGGACAAAGAACAAAUCAUUAUUUGAAUACUGGGAAAUUGAGGUGACGUUUCGAGUUACAGGAAGAGGCCGCAUUGGAGCUGAUGGACUGGCCAUCUGGUUUACAGAAGAACAAGGCUUGGAAGGUCCUGUUUUUGGGGCAGCUGAUAAAUGGAAUGGUGUUGGAGUCUUCUUUGAUUCUUUUGACAAUGAUGGAAAGAAGAACAAUCCUAGCGUGAUUGUUGUAGGCAACAAUGGAAGACUUCUCUAUGACCAUCAGAAUGAUGGUUCCACACAAGCACUGGCAUCCUGUCAGAGGGACUUUCGUAACAAACCCUAUCCUGUCCGAGCAAAGAUUACAUACUACCUAAAAACACUGACUGUGCUAAUUAACAAUGGCUUUACUCCAGAUAAAGAAGACUAUGAAUUCUGUGCAAGAGUGGAAGAUAUGAUUUUGCCAUCACAAGGGUAUUUUGGAAUAUCUGCAGCCACAGGGGGACUUGCAGAUGACCACGAUGUCCUGUCUUUCCUGACCUUCCAACUGACUGAACCUGGCAAGGAAGUACCUACAUCAGAUGCAGAAAUUCCUCAAAAAGAUAAAGAGAAGUAUCAAGAAGAGUUUGAACAAUUUCAGCAAGAACUGGAUAAAAAGAAAGAGGAAUUUCAAAAGGAACAUCCUGAUGUGCAAGGACAGCCAGCGGAUGAUUUUUUUGAAACUGUGGGUGAUCGUGAACUGAGGCAAAUCUUUGAAGGACAGAAUCGGAUUCAUCUUGAAAUCAAACAGCUUAAUAGACAAUUAGAUAUGAUUCUGGAUGAGCAGAGGAGAUAUGUCUCUGCAGUGACAGAUGAGAUUGCCAAAAGAGGAGCUGGUGUUCCAGAUCAUCAAGGACAGAUUUCUCAGCAAGAGAUUGAUACAGUUGUGAAAACUCAAGAAGAGGUCCUUAGACAAGUGAAUGAAAUGAGAAGUUCCGUAUCUGACAUGCUGAGUUUGGUCAGUGGAGCUCAACAUCCUGGCUCUGCUGCUGGAGUCUAUGAAACAACUCAGCACUUCAAUGACAUCAAAGAACACCUUCAUGUAGUAAAGAGGGACAUUGAGCAUUUAGUACAACGAAAUAUGCCAUCUAAUGAGAAAUCAAAAUGUCCAGACUUGCCGCCGUUUCCAUCCUGUUUAUCUACAGUGCACUUCUUAAUAUUUGUAGCAGUGCAAACAGUGUUAUUCAUUGGCUAUAUCAUGUAUAGGAGUCAACAAGAAGCAGCAGCCAAAAAGUUCUUUUGAUGACUUGUUCCUUUUGUGUGUACAUAUCAGCAGUAUGUAUGCACAGAAAAUUACACAAUUCUGUAAAUGAGGGAAAUUUUAGUGUUUGAUAUACUUCAAUAUUGUAAAUUAUUGCAUUUUGUUAAACAAAAUGAGUUAUUGUUUAAACCAUUAAUACUAAAGUUAAAAGCAGACCGGGAAGUACAGGAGCAAAUACCAGGUAGGGUAAGACUGUGAACCUUAUCUAGGUCUAUGUUUUGAGCUAAGUUUCUGAUAAAUACUGGAAGAUAAGCAUGAUAUUCCCCCGGGUUUUUGUGAAGAUUUGAGAAGAGAGAAUUGAAACACAAAGUUUUGGCAGUUGUUGAUAAUAAAAAUUGCAAAUUGAUGAUAUGUGCAGAAAGUCUA